UCAAGUACGCAGCAGUGAAAUUUGUGGUGCUCCAGGAAAAUGUAGAAAUUUUCGGUCUUUCAAUAAACGGAUUAAUAAAAUAUUUACUAAAACUAAAAAACGAUUGUCGGUAGUUCUUUUUGCGAGUAAAUUUAAUAUCGAGAAUCAUGGAUUUUCCACAGCAAUUGGAAGAUCAUGUAAAGCAACAAUAAUUGGCCCGAAUUGGAUAGCAGUUUUCUAAAAUCUAAAUAAAUUCCAAAAUAUCCUAUCAUAAAUUCCUGCAUAUAAAGUGGAUAUACCUACCUACAAAAUCUCUAACGUGUAUACAUUUUUCAUACAUAUACAUAUGUACAUAACUAUCUUCAACUAUAUACAGAAAUUUUAGUGGAGCGGCCACCAUCCUCCUUUGAUGUUAUAAUGGAAUCACCAUUGUGUGCUGCCAAUAGCGUUGACCGGAAAGGGAUCGCUUACAAAGCAGGCAACAAGUUUGAAACCACUUCUGUGUUAGAUAAAAUGAAUACCAGUAUAAAUAGCACAUUGGAGGAUACGACACCAAGUGACUCUGGUGUACAGAUGCUGGACUCGGAAUCAAGCGAAUUUAUGGUAGAAUCCAUCACAUCACAGUCAGGUUUCGAAUUUGAAGAAUUAAAAUCAUAUGCACAAGAACGCGCUGAUAGUAAUGAACAGGUGGCUGUCGUGGCAGGGCCACCGCCAGCAGUGGAAGAACGUCAUUUCGUUAGUGCGGCAUUCGAAGAGAUUGUAGCUGGUGUGGAUACUAAUUCUAAUGUAACUACAAUAGACUCGACAAACGAUAACUCCCUUAAUAACGUCCCCAUCGAAGAAGCAAUGACCACGAGCACUUGUUCUACUUUCGAUGCCACAGAAAAUAUUGUAUAUCGGAGAAAAGUACGCAAAACACCUAUCGCACCCAAGGCGCCCAAAAAGCGUGUCUCUUUUCACGAGGACAUACUCAAGAAUACACGCACCGACAACAUACACAUUGAGCAUGGCUUCAUAACUUAUAAGGCAGGUCGAAAGGCACUACAACAUAUUGGCGCUGCUGGACGCUAUUCGUGGUGUUCGGAGGGUGAUGGCGGUGCAGCUGGCAGCAAUGCAGCACAAUCCGAGUUGUGUGCGCACGCGCACGAAGAUGAAGGAGAACAAAAGAGUUGCGAACAAAGACGACGCUGUGUUGUCUAUCGGAAUGCAUGCUCUGAUGUACUCGACUAUGGCAAUUCGGAUGUUUACGAUAUGGAGGAACAAAAGGCAUUACAAUAUGAUAAUUCAGGAGUUUUUGAGUAUAUGCCAAAGGAGCGUAGCGUUGCAGCCGAAAAUGCUGGUGUGAGCAACAUUGGAGCAGAAGGCCAACAAGUGUUGUAUCGAUGCUCCUGCUCUAGUUCGAAUUCCAGCUUGGACUCUGAUGAAAAUGAAAAAAAUUCAAACAGGCAGCAAUAUGGACAGGCAAAAAGUAGUUCAUGCGAUUGCAUCGGCAUGAGUAAUGCCAACAAUAAUAUAAUUGGUGACAACUGCUAUUUCUCCGAACCAAAUAUCGACAACCUAAAUGAGAAUAACCAGAAGAAAUCCGUUUGGAACAAGGAAAAGAAACCAAAGUCAAGUUGUUUAAAAAAACCCAAACGCAAUACCAACAUCAUCUACGAGCAGGAUCUGAGUACACGAGUGAAAAAAUUCAAUGUGCAUGAUAUGAAUCAACUGAUUGAUAACAGUAGCAAAAUAAUUAUUGGAUCGUUGAAGAGUAUCUUCACCAUGCCGCUUCCGGAACGCGGCGUACCCGAAGGCUCCGAAGAUCUACAAUCAGUUGUCGAGUGCAUACCAGAACUGGAGCCACAAACGCCAGAGCAUAAAUCGACAAAACCAGCAGAAGAUCAAAUAAUAUCACCACCUUCGCCACCACUCAAACAGAAACCAUUCCUAAGCAAAAGCCUCGAUGGCUCUAAAAAGUCGCAAGGGGUUAAGAAAUUUGUACACAAUGUGGAUGAGCAAUUGCGACGUAAGAACGAUGAAGAAAUGUAUGCACCAACGCGUCAAAGCAGUGAUGAGAAAACUGUCACAGAUACGCCAAACAGGACGCUGCAGAGGCAAGAAGAAAUCGAUGCAGAUCAGCGCAAUGAGCUCGUGAACACCAAUACGCAAACGCAACAGAACGAUGAGUCGAACACCGACAUUCAACAGCCGCAGCCGUCUACUGAGCCACCGACACAAUUUCGUAACAAAUUUAUUGUUAAUUGUGAGAGCACUGUUUUCGAGCAUACAGGUGUUUCCUACUGCUAUGAUACAAAUGAAAUGCUUAAUCUCGAUUUGCAUACAGCUAGCCAUACGCCUGGCAGUGUGGCUUCUAGCUUGCUAUUGGAAGAUGAUACACCAAUCGCACAACCAGAGCCGGAUCAGUUGCGUAGUGCAUUUAGCGCUGCUCCCAUAGCAAAGACAUUCUCAAACUUCUUUCGCAGUUUCAACAAAGAUUCAACUUCAACGCCCAAUGCUAAACAGACGUCAACAGAGGCUACUAAGGGUAUUAAUAUUGCAGAAACGCAGCAGAGAUCAGGCAUUGACAUGAAAUUCUCACCCAAUACCAACUCUCUUACGAAUGCUAACGAUCUCAAGCAACUUUCCAACCAUCGAUUACCCAACACAAUCUCUUCAUCGACAAUAUCUGAGUUGACCAACACCUCCAGUGCGAGCUCAUUGCCACCAGCGAUGUCAAAAGCUGCCAGUGCUUCAAUUUCAGUUGGUAGUGUGGGCAAUAGCAGCAACAACAGCCUAGCUAUAGGACAAGAACUGCGUGGAAAUAUAGAAAAACAGCAACGUCACUUGCCUUCGCCACUGAAGAAGCAUGCUAGUGGCAGUACUUUGGCCGCACAACCACAACGCUAUGGAACAAGUUCGGGCAGCAUUGGCAAUUCAGCUGCUUGUCCUCCAUCCGACCCGUCUUUGCUUAGUCCUGAUAUUUUUAAUGUCGGUAUCACUGUCGGCUUAGCAAGUAGUUCGGUUGGUGGCGGCGGUUGCGCAGCUGGUGGUUACAUUGGUGUACGUGGGGGCUGUGGACGUGAUUCGAAGAGUACCAUACUCAGCGAGGAGUUUGAUGAUAUUAUAACCAUUACAACGGAUACGGAUAAAAAUGAAAGUGAUAUUGUUAUUGUUGAUUACCCCAGUGAGUUGAGUGAGCGACAAUCUAUGAGCGACUAUGCGAAUCUAUUGAAGCCACCACAGCCAAACAAUGCAAAAACAUCAUUAAUUAAUCGUUUCUUGCGCAAUGUUACACAGAAGAAGAUACUGGAAUCUUCCAUACGCAAAAAUAAUUUCUUUGCUGGCAAGUUGAAAAGUGAGCAGAGACUAUUCUCGGGAAAUUUGUAUGUACCAGGAGUGAAACCAAAGAACUAUGAGCUAAUUGACGAUUUGAAUGCGGAAAUUGCAAUGGAGAUUGAAAUGUCGGGUGCUAAUUCGCCGCGACGUGAGUUGGUGCAAAUUGACGAUCUGCCAGGCGAUGUGUCGCGUUUCGAACUUGGAAUUGGGGAGAUAUCAAUUGAUAUAUUUAAUGGAAAUUAUCUGCAUAUACUGCGCGAUCCCACAGAGCAGCUGAUGAAGGUCUUUAAAUUAUACACCGGCUAUAGUUGCGAAGGCUACAUGACACCUGUUUUGGUUUUUCUUACCGAUCGUACAUUGUACGUUGCAGAUUUAGUGCGCAAUCGUUUAUGCUCAAAAUUCGUGCUCACCUACGCUGAGCUGGAUGUAAUACUUAUGGGUCCAUUCGGCAACACUGUGUUGCUUAGCAAUAGCACCCGAGAUAUGCAACAAGUAUUACUUGCCGGUGGGCCAUAUCCCGCUGAUGGUUUGGUAGCAAAUUUGGAAAUGUGCGCGCGUCGCAGCGGUUCUUCUUUGCCAGCUGUUGGCCAGCUAUCAUUUGCUCAUCUUGCGCCAUUGCAAGCCUUUGUGCGUGAAAACUCAUCGGUAGGCGCCACAGACACUUGGAUGUACUAUGCGGUAGUGAAUGUGCCCGCUGGCGUUUUAGGCAGUGAACAAGAGCCUUUGGGGCCGCAUGUAAAAGGCUUUCUCAUGCACCGACGCAUAAAAGAGCAUCAGUCUAAUAAUAGCGCAAACAAGCACAUAUGGAAUCCAGGAUAUUUCCUUUUGAAAGCUGGUGUCUUGUACAUGUUUAAUGAUUCGACCCAAAAAAUACCUAGUUGGGCCAUGGCGCUUGCUGAAUGCCAAGGUGCGCGGCGGGCCGUUAAAGCAGGUCGACCACACUGUUUCGAAAUAAUUUUGAAAGGUCAACUGCUGCAAUUAGCUGCACCAGAUGAGUAUGUCGCCUCCGAAUGGCUGCAAGCGCUACUACAGACUGCAAGUGGUCUUUUUGAGAUGCAAGAGAAACAUAAGACCCUUGGCUGUUCGCUCGUAGUGACCCAAAAUCAUUUGAUCACAUUGAGAGAAGAUUUUUCCGCGCCACUGAAUCAAAUCAAAAUUGAUACUGAAAAGGCACCAAAAACCACAAUGGCCGGUGUUGGCAAGGAAUUCAGUGUUGGCGCUAAUGAUGAAUGCAGUCUAAUGACUGGAGAAACAGGAAGUUUGCUAAGUUCCGCCAUGAGCACACCUACGCGUUUCGCACAACGCUCCUGUUCAUCUAUGAAUUCUACACCCACUAAACUCUCACAGCUAUCGCAGUCCACAACUACAGGAGGUGGUAAUACAACACAUUCGACUUCCACCAAUGCUACUACCACCACCACUACGAACGCAACCUCAAUAGCCACUACUACCAACAUCACUAACUAUUCGCGGCAAUUACAAGCGGAAUGCGGCACUAAGUUACCCAACGCAAGUUACUCCAACAUGUAUAGUGUCUAUGGCAAAAAUUCCGGGCUCGAGAUACUCACUUGCGCGGAUAUAAAAGAAAUGACCGGUAUUAAGAUACCAUCACACAAUGAUACAUGGUGGUGUGUGUUGGAGUUCUCUUGUCAGGAAGUGCGUGAGAGUACUGAUGAUUUGGUGAUCUUCUUUGCGAGCAGCUCGGAAAUGCAACGCUUUCUGCGGCUACUCGAACACUUGUGGCAGGCAAAGAAUAAUGAUUUAUUCCCCAUAACGGUGCUGGAUGAGGAUGACUUAAUAGCCGAGCAAUGCACUAUGCUUUACAUGGAUAUAAAUCGUGCGUGGGAGCCGCUUUUAUCCGCCGCAAUGGGCUAUCCAUUGUGAGGCGUUUAAAAGCAAUAAAAAAAAAUGUGUGCAGGCAGGGUGGAGUUAAAAAAAAAACAUAUAUACAACAUAUUUUUGCAAGUGAAAUAUGUUACUAAGAUGCGCAAAAACACAAAAACAAAAGGUGUGGCUUCUCCUUCACCAAAAUAGGCUUUCGUACUCUCAAAACUUAUCUUAAACUUAAUUAAUAUAUGAACUAUUUAAAGGCAUAUUAAACACACACAAACACAUAUUCAUAAAAAGAAAUGAAAGCAAGAAGCUAUAGUAAAAAGCUAGGUGAAGUAGGGUUGAAAGUGAUUGCUAUUUGAGAGAAUGAAGGAAAUGCAUACUUUGUUUUUGUUGGCAAGAAUAUUAAGUUUUUGAAUCGUAAUUUGGAACGCGUUAUUUAAAAAAUCUUCAGUAAACGAUUAAUUGCAGCUUAUUUAAAAAAUCGUUUAUGGCUUGCUGCCUUUGGGUUUUUUUAUGGUUUCCUCUAAUUUUGUGUUUAGCCAUUGUUUUUCGGGUUUAAAAAAAUCGGAUCAAUUCUAAACGUUCAGUCAUACUGUUGAUAUUGUUAUAAACAUACACACAUUCAUUAUUUCAUGAAACAUCGCCAUUAAAUUAAGCUAUUAUUUUUUUAAAUAAAAUCGUGAUAUAUUCAUUUAAGCAUACAUAAGUAACUAUUUUUUGUUGGGAAAUAUUUGCAAAAAAUUGUGAUUAUUUAAAGUUGUAUGUAAUUCAACAUCGAAUUAUUCAUUGUUUGAAGCAAAUUGAUAGCAACUAAUUUAUGUCUGAUAUACAUUUUUCGUGCAUACAAUGACAUUUAAGUUUAAUCGCACCAACUAAUCGACAAUGAGUUUAACAAAAUGGUGCUUCCGUAAAAUAAGCGCCAUUAGUCUGUACUUAUUUUCGAAUACUGGAAGCUUUCAUUCAGAUAUAUGUACAUAUUCUACACAAAUUAAUGCAUGAUUAUUUUUCGGCGUCAUUGUAUGCAUUAUCGAACAGUAAUUUUUUCAUUUGCCAUUCAUUAAAGUUUCAUACAUACAUACACUCAUACUUACAUAUAUGUAUAUGCACUAAUGUAUUCAAUUGAUGUGUUUUCGCAUCAUUUAUCUUUUCAUAUUGUGAUUUUUUUAUAUUUAUAGACAUCCUAAGUUCAUUUUUAUUUAAUUUUAAGCAUAUUUAAGCUUUGUAGCCUUUUUCGUCAUGCAUUAUGGCCGAUUAUGUGCGAGCGUGCUACAUGUGCGUAUGAAAAGCACUUGUAGAAAACAGCACAAGAAAUACGUAUGUACAUUAGUGAAAUAAUUAAAUUAAAUAUUAAUUAAGAACUCGUAAAUAAAACAGUAAAGCUUCUUCUCAAAAGCCAAUUGUUAUUGCGUGCAUAAUAGUGUAAUAAAAUAAUUUAAUUAUACAUUUGAUUUAUGAUUUUUCAAAGUUCAUUUAAAACUGGUCAUUCUCAAAAUCAGGCAUAAAUAUUUCGAGAUAUAUAUGUACGUAUGUAUAUGGAAUGAGAUAAUAUAAAAAGGCUAUAUUAUACACAAAAUAUACAUUUAAACAACAUUGCAUGCCUAGCAAAACCUAAAGUAAAACAAAGAGGAACAGCAAUAUACAUACAUGCAUAGAAAUAUAUAAGAAAACAAAAUCUUAAAUUGGUCUUGUGGAAUGCAAUGUUGGCAAAGCGACGCUUAUGUGCGUAUAACUCUAAAUACACGCAUACAUGCACACAAAAAUAUUAUAAUAAGUUCAGAAAUAAAAAAAAAAGUAAUUUAAAUAUAUGCAUACAUAUGCAUGCAAUUCAUGAAUGGUAUUAUUAUACUUAUAUACAUACAUACGUCUUGUCAAAUGUUACAAGCUUUCAUACUUCAUAUACAAACUUCUAAAAUAAAACUAUAAACAUAUACAUAGAUACAUACUAUAUAUUUAUACUAUCCUCCUACUACGCUUAUAUUAUUUUAUUGAACGCAAAUUUUUUUAACUACCCCAAUAAGUUAGUAUUUAAUCCUUUUUAUGCUCUUCUUUUUGUAUAAAAACAUAGUUUUCUGCAUAAAUAGGUAUAAUAACAGCUCUCAAAUGCUUAUAUUUUUGUGUCAAAAUUAGAUUUAAAAUCAAACAAAAAACGCUUCUUUGAGCAAAAUAUGUUGCCUUGUGUUCAAAUUAUGAAUGAACCUGUUUUGCGCUGAACUCGCUUAAAAAUUGUUUAAAAAUGAACCUGGCUCGAGGUUAUGGUUCAAGUACUUUUUUGUGAAAGGUUGAAUUGAAUUUUGAUGAAUUUAUCAAAACAAAAAGUUUAAUUACGAGAUAUCUAUUAAUAUAUAAUUGGGCAAAAAGUCAAAAAAAAAA